AUGUCGCUAGACUCGCCCCCACCGCACGCCCAAUGGCACGUCGCCAGCUGUCAGUCCCCCCCCACGUGUCCCCGCAUGGCCCCCUGCCUCGGUUCUCCAGGUCUGCAGCCGCCAGGGCUGGGGGAAGAUCAGGGGGAGGGAGAUGGUGGGGAUGGGGAGACAGGGGAAGCGGGGGAGGGGUGGCUGGAGGAGGGCAGCAGCAGCGGUGACAGGGGGAGUGAGGGGAAAGGCAGGGGAGGGGGCGUGUGGGUGUGCGAGAACCCACAAUAUGUGGAUCUGGUGGGGGUGGGGGGGGGAGCGGGGGGAAUCGGGGGAAGCAGCGGGGGAGGCGGGGGAGUGCAGUGGGCGGAGUGGGCGGGGAGGGUGCAUGAGCUGGCAGGCGUGUUUGUGAGUGGUGAGGGGCGGGUGUUCAACUCAACCCACGUGUUCCAUGCCAAUGGCUGCCACGGGCUCACCCAGGUCUUCUACCCUUUCGGCACCCGGGUAACCAUCCACGAUACCCUCGUCAAUCUCCUCGUCCCCAGAGGCCACGUGGCAGCUGCUGACGUGGCAGUCAGCAGAGACAGGAGCGGGGCAACGGUGUUACAACUGGCACCGCUGCUGCUGCAAGUGGCGCCGUUUCUGAGAGAGAAUCCGGAGUUGCCGCUGCUGCUGGGGCAGGCACGGCUCCCUCGCCUGCUCGCCUCUGCAUCUCUCAAUGCAACCAUCGUCGCGCCUCCUGCUGCUGACGAGCUCUUCUUUGUCAGGCGCCUCAUUCAGGUGAUUCCUCAGGUGACUCAGGUGAUUCCAGUGGUGACUGAGGUAAUUCUUUACAUGACUCAGGCACCUGAGGCGCUCAGUGUGGUCCCAUCUCCGCUCUUCCCUCCGCAGUUCUUUUGUCCCUUCUCCUCCUCCCUAUCUCUCUCACCUCCCCAGCCCACCCAGCAGCACUGUGUGCGCCUUAGCCCCUCAUGUCAUUCCAUCGCCCCUCAGUGUCAUUCCAUCUCCCCUCAGUGUCAUUCCAUCUCCCCGCCCACUUCCUACUCUCAGCCUCAUCGCAUGUCUUGCCCCCUGUUCACCUCCCUGCCUCUCUCGCCUCCCCCUCCACCAGCCCACCCAGCAGCACUGCGGCCGUCUGAGCCCCUCAAUGUAGACCCAACCCAUAUCCGCUCCUCCUUCCUCCUCGAACCUUCCACCCCACAUCCAUGCCUUUCUCGUGUCAUUAACCAUAUUCUAUUCCUCCCCCCUCCCCCUCCCUUCCCCCAGCCCACCCAGCAGCACUGCGGCCGUCUGAGCCCCUCAGUGUGGACCCACCUUCGAUCCUCCUUCCUCCUCCACCCUUCCUCUAACCACCUGCCCCUGCUUCAACCUGAUUGGUCGCUGCGGCCGGCAGUGGGCGGCACAUACCAGGACAAACGCAGCCACCCGGACAGUAGUGAAAAGGAGGAUGACAGUAAUGGUAUUGGAGAGGAGAGUGGGGGGAGGGAUAGGGUGGAAGGAGAGGGAGAGGAAGGGCAAGAGGGGAGUGUGAAGGGAGUGAGGGAGGAGGGGAAGGUGGUGGUGGUGGCGAUGCCUCGUGGCGUCCAGAUGGCGGAGUUUGAUUGGCUCGUGGGUCUGCUGAGGCAGCAGUUUGGGGAGAGCAACGUCACUGUGGUGAAGAGGCUCAGAUGGAAGCAAGGUACUGAGGGGCAAGCGGAUGAGGGAGUGGGGGUGUCCGGUAUAAAAGCGGAUGAGAUUGUAAGGAGGGGCGGGAGCGAGGAGGAGUGGACAGUAAGAGAAUCGCUCAAGUACGAAUGGAGAACUCCACCUGGCAAAUGCCCAUUGGGCGGCUUAAAACCUUUUGACGGAGCUGCGUUUUGCAAGCGGGCAAGGGAGGAGAGAGGGACUUUUAACAUUGUGUUUCUCGGGGAUUCCCUGACCUUCCAAAUGGCUGGGAGUUUCUUGAACGGUCUGCUUCGGCACGUCGCCAAGCCUGCGUCCUGGGCUGUGGACGAAUUUGAACCUAAGCAGUGCGUGGACUGGCUCCUUGGGAGAGGAGGGGCAGAAUCAGGAGGAGGAGGGGUGAGUGAGGAUGGUUCCAGGAAGCCGCGCCGUGCUGCUCGCUGGAGGAAUUUAAGAAGUAGGGAUGGUAGUACUCGUGCUAUUACAGGAGCUGCUAAUAUCGGGGAUGAAGAGGUGGCGGAAGGAGAAGAGGAAGGAGAGGAGGAAGAGGGGGAGGAGGGGGAUCGGGGUUCCGCUCCCGUGGUGGUGACACCACAUCCGUUCUGCAAGGUCUAUGUGUUUCACGAGAAUGUGUGUCCGGGGGUAAAAAUUCAUGUGAUUCGCAACGACCACCUUUAUAUCCAGGACCCUGAUUUAGCCAGCCCCGGUGACGGCAGCAGCACCACCAGCAGCAGCAACGGGAGUGCGACAGGUGGCAGCGUGCCAUUUGAUCACAUGCCGUGGCACUUGUAUGACGGUUUGGUGAGUGCUGAUGUGGUGGUAGUUAACCGAGGCGCACAUUAUGUCGGCGGGAGGGAUUUUGAGCUCUCGGUGCGGGCUGCCAUGAGGCUGCUUCGCAGGAAGCUUCCUCGCGCCCUUCUUGUCUACAGGAAUUCGCCGCCCGGCCAUGUCAACUGCUCAUCAUACGACCGGCCAAUCAAAAUUCGGCAGGAUCCGGCGACGUUGCCGUUCCACUGGGAUACGUUUUCGUCGCAAAAUGAUAUUGCGAGGGAGAUAGCGGAGGAGGUGAAAGCAGUGUACAUGGAUGUUGAUACAAUGACGGCGCUUAGACCAGAUGGCCAUAAGGGGGGACUCGUUACUGGUGAGGAGGGUGCGGGGAGUGAGGGGGAUGAGGGGGGCGAGGGGGGUGCGGGGGAUGAGGGGGGUGAGGGGGGUGCGGGGAGUGGUGGGGGUGAGGGGGGGUGA